AUGUGUGGACCAACCGAAUCCUUGUCAACGGCAGAUCUCAAGGGUCCCAAGGAAAAGGCGGAUAUCUACUUGAGUUGCGACGAACCAAGCAUUGAGUUUGCAGAAACAUUGAAGAAAGAAAUCGAGUCUCGAUGUAAUCUUUCGGUCGCUUUGGACAGAGACGAUUCUUGGGAGGAAGAUUCCAACGAUUGCGCCUUUCUAGAGCACAUGCAUCAAGCCAAAGUGAUGGUCCCUAUUGUCACAGAGCACGUGAACAUUACAGCCUGGAUCAUGGACUACCGACCAGCUCGUGGUCUCACGGCACAGCAAGCAUUGGCCCACCGCCUUCACUAUCAACGAUGCUGCAAACCACCCGCCAUUAACUUUUCCAAGUCUUACAAGGAAGGGUUGCGAGAAUUUAUGGAUAUCGUGAAACGGAACACUGGGAGCAGACGAUUUCGUAAACCAAACAAGGUAUUGAACCGAAUCAAUACAGUGGUUCGUAAAGUGAGAGCUCGCUAA